GGGGGGUUGAAGGCAGAGAACAGUCUAAUAGCAAGGCCUCUAUUGGCUCGGCUUUGACACACACAAACAAUGUAUGAACUGUUGAACGGGGGGAGGAAGGAUGGGAGUGAUGUCGUACUGUAUGUGUUCGGAGAUACAAUCAGAGUUAUUGUCAGUGUCUUGGUUCUGUUUCAUUCAUGAGUUGGACAAUGGUUGAUAGCCUUGUAACCUCCUCAAGACAAGCCUAUACUGUUCAGUGGUCUGCUGGCCAAAUCUGAAUUUGUCCAAAUGUAGAUAUUCAUUGUAGAUUGUCAUUUUCGUUAAAUAGAGUAAAUGUAGCAAUAAGCCUCAUUAAUGACUGCUUGAUUCAGGUCAUUUCAUUUAGUAGAAUAGAUCACUGUUGAAUCGUGUAAUACCAUAGCGUUACAGGGUUGCCUGUCUGGCUUGCCUGGCAGUUCUGGUUUCUUUGUUUGUAGGUCACACUCUCUUGCUCUCUUCAAAUGCUCUCUUUCUUCUCUUCUCUUCUCCUCUCCUUCCGUGUCUUCCUUUGGGAGGUCUAUGAUUAAUGUAAUGUGUAGCCAGCAGAGAUGUGAUAUGCGAAGGGAUGUGGCAGGCAGGCAGGCAGUAAUUCAACUGUCUGUGUCUUUCAUAUCCUGUUUCAUUAUCGGAAACAGGCAGCCGGCACUCGUGUCAUAUUAAACCCACUGGUAGAGGCAUGAAUUUUCCAGUUUUUCCCUGCAAGGACAAGCCUUUCACCCACACACGACAGGAAGUGAAUGGAGACUGAGCGACCUCAUGUUGUGGGAGUUCAUUUUAUAUGCAGCAUGGCAAAUGGUCUGUGAGCACGACAGGCGUCGGCCACGCAACAGCCGUCUGCUGCCAUGACAACCAGCCACUGUAGCCAGCUACCCGAGGUGCUGCCGGAACGCCGGGCCUCGUCUCCCUUGAGCGACUGCACCGACAGACACGACCCUGAGCCAAUGAGCAGUCUGGACUGCAGUCUGGAUCCCGCCCUCCCAGGGAAGGCCAUGGAGGACGAGAGCUGCCCAAGGGACGGCGGGGAGAAGGCGCAGUACUACAUGCAGGUGUCGGCCAAAGAGGGACAGCUGCUCUCCAAUGUACUGGCCAAACAGAGUGCCCUGGCGGAGAGGCCCAUGUGUCGUAUCUGCCAUGAGGGUGGGGGGCAGGAGGAGCUGCUCUCCCCGUGCGAGUGUGCCGGCACGCUGGCCACCAUCCACCGCAGCUGCCUGGAGCACUGGCUCUCGGCCUCCAGCACCAGCUUCUGCGAGCUCUGCCACUUCCAGUUCAGCGUGCAGCGCAAGGCGCGCCCAAUUCUGGAGUGGGUGCGUAACCCAGGCCUGCGUCAGGAGAAGCGCACGCUUUUCGGGGACAUGGUGUGUUUCCUGCUCAUCACGCCGCUGGCUACCAUCUCAGGCUGGCUGUGCUUGCGGGGCGCCGUCGACCACCUGCACUUCUCCAGCCGCCUGGAGGCCGUGGGGCUCAUUGCCCUCACCGUCGCCCUCUUCACCAUUUACCUCUUCUGGACGCUGGUGUCUCUCAGGUAUCACUGUCGGCUGUACAACGAGUGGCGGCAGACCAAUCAGAGGGUGAUUCUCCUGCUGCCCAAGUCUCACAGCGAAUUAUCGGCCAACCCCUCGCUGCCUGGCCCGCCCCGAGUCAAACGACCUUCUAAAGAGACGAUAGUCUGACGGCGCUGCAGCCUGUACUCACUCCAAAGCCAAGCGAACAAUUAUAAUCAAACAAGGAGCCAGAAGCCUGGUGCUGGGAAUCUGGCUGCACCCCAGUGUGCGACGUUGCCGUCGCCAUGGGGAUGGGGGCAAGCUUAUGCACUCUCUCUCUCACAAGGGCCCGGACUGCCCCUACAAGUGUAAAGAUGGCCACCUCCGCCGGAACUUCAGUAUGGUUUUUGGGACUUUGGGUUUUCAAAAGGAAAAAUAACAUGAUCGUAAGUCUUCAUUGUGACCUUCAUUGUGACCUGAUCAUGUAAAUGAAGGACCAUGUUUGGGACGCUUACACACAUGAAGAGCCACGUCAGACACACACACACACACACACACACACACACACACACACACACACACACACACACACACACACACACACACAGUUUCUGACCUUGAUUUAUCUGGGGAAGGUAAACUGAGAAGGCAUGCUCUUCUACUUAACACCUUGGUUCACGUUCACAUAGCCACACAUCUAUGUCUGGGAGCUCCAACGUACAAACCGCUUUGGUCUGUUGUAGGCCACUGAAAAGCUCCUCCAAGGAUGGUUUACCUGCCCUGGUCAAACGUACAGCAGUGGUGGUUACUGAGGGAGAGAGUAUCUCUUGUAUCCCUUGUAAAACCUCUGAGCUGCCUAACCACAGAACCAAUAUUUAUACUCAGUCACAGACACUGUCACAUUAUAAGAUCUCUGCAAGGCUACAAGGAUCUCAUAUGGCUGUAGCAUCCAGAGCUGCAGGAAGACAAAAAAAAGCCUUUUUGAGUGAAGACAACACUGAAGUAUUUAGCAUUGCACAGAAUUAUUGUAAUAUUCACCACCAGUCCUUUAGAGUUAAAAUUGUGGUGUAAAGGUAAAAAAAAACAGUGUUUUGGUUAGGUUGCCACGUUUAUGGCGUGUGUUUUUGAAGCACUGGUGCUUAUGGAAAAUAAGCCCUUCCCACAAAAAGGGAGGGGUUGAUGCACUGGAAUUGGCUCACUGCUUUCUAUAUGAAGCAUUUGUUUGAACUCUUGAGGAAAAUGUCUGUUAUUUUUUAAUUCAUUUUGUUUUAAGUAAAAAUAUGGAGGAAUUUGGAGGAAGUAUUGGAGGAAGUAUUUUUUCAAAUACUCACAAUGUGGCAUUUUUGUGGACCAUGAUUGACUCUAUAACAUUGGAUGUAGAUACAUUUUCCUUAAGGGGCCUUUUUAUAGAUGGAUGUGCGUUGUUUUUUGCCUAGUUUGUGUAAUAUACUUUUUAGUAUUCUUUAAUGUCACCACUGCCAACGACAGUGUCUUGGGGAUAUUUUUGUGUGUGUGUGUGUUUGUGUGUAUUUUUUUCCUUUUGAUGGCUUCCUACUUGUAGUGGUUGCCAGGCCUUCAGCUGUGACAAGGACACAUACCUCUUGUUCAAUAUGUCUACUGCUUACCAUGUAUGCCUAAUAAAUGUGUAUGGGGCCAAAUCAGUAUAAAAUCUGGGAUAACCAUAGUUGAGUUUGAUGUCACUUUGCAGGUUUUGAUGGCAACAUUAUACUUAGUCUCCACACAAUUUCAAUAAAGUCCAAUUAGUCCCAAAGA